AUGCGCAGUGCGUUGGUCUCGCUGGUUGUGCUGGCUGGUUCCAGCGCAGCCGCCGCCGGACAAUAUGUCCUCAGCGAAGAGAUUUCGCCCGAUAACUUCUUUGAUAAAUUUGAUUUCUUCGAGAGUGACCACACCACUGGCGACUACCUCGACGUCGAUCCCGCAGGCGGCUUUGUAAACUACGCCAAGGGCCCAUCGGAUCUUUGCAGCAGCCGAGAUGGGCAUGUCUCUCUUGGCGUCGAUACCACAAGUGUGUUGCCGGGUGAUGGACACGCUGGGAGGGACAGUGCGCGCCUGGAGACGAAGAAGUCGUACCAGUACGGCCUGAUCAUCGCCCGGUUUGCGCAGUUUCCCAAGGCGCAAUGUGGCGUAUGGCCAGCCUUCUGGACACAUGGCCCCAACUGGCCUGAUGGUGGUGAGGUGGACCUGUACGAGCAGUGGAACGAUGCCACCAAGAGCGGUCCCGUCUUCCACGUCGGUGACUCGAGCAAAUACGGCCAAUGCAUCCUCGACGGCGAGGAUCAGACUGCUGAGGUUGUCACUGACAACUGCGACAAUACUUUCUCGAACGAGCCGCACCAGUACCUGAACCAGGGAUGCAUCACUAAGGAUGCAGCUGCGCCUUGGGCCAACCCCAACGGCGGUGUCUACGCCAUGGAAUGGACAUCCGACUUUAUCAAAGUGUUCACCUGGACGCACGAGACUGUCCCAGCUGACGUUGCCUCGUCAAACCCCGACCCUUCCAAAUGGGGAACACCCGCGGCUUUCCUGAAGAACAACAAGUGCGAUAUUGACAAGCACUUUGGCCCCCAGAAGAUGGUCCUCAACAUUGACUUUUGCGGUGCCCCUGCUGGCUUGGAGAGCGAGUGGGGCAAGGCCUGCAAGGCCGCGACUGGGUACGAUACCUGCGUCGAGUACGUCGCCAAGGAGCCCAAGGCCUUUGAGGGCGUCGAGUUCAAGAUCCAGGACAUCAGGCACUUUGUGGUUGGCGAGGCCGAUGACAAGAAGGGUGAUGACAAGGAGGAAUCUCCCGAGACGCCCAAGGAGGAACCCAAGAAGGAGCCCAAGGAGGAACCUAAGGAGGACCAGGACCCUGACAAGAUUAAGGGACCUCAGGUUCCCACGUCCAUCAUCCAGCCACAGCCGCCCAAGACAACCGAGGAGCCCGUUAUCCUGACCUCCAAUAUUCCCGUGCCUUCAUCGACCAACGGCGAGCCCGACAAGCCUGACAGCACCCCGUCUCCGGAGAUAUCAACCAUUGCCUCGUCCGAGCUGCCGCUCCCGUCCGAGGAGGGACAAGGCAUCAGCACCAAGCACACCACGACCCGCAGCACUGUCACCGUUACAGACUGCCCGCCUGAGGUGGUAGACUGCCCUGGACGUCCUGCCAAGUCAACCCACGUGCCAGUGAACGAGGAGCUGCCUGAGCAAACAUCCAAAGCUGUGCUGCCAACCCAACAUCCAUCGACCUUUUCGACCCGUGUGGUCGUGACAAAGCUCACGACCAUCUGCCCGGUAGACGAGGACGGCAAGCCGGUCAAGACGGAGACACCUGUCGAGAGCCCAGAGAUGCCGCACGAGACACCUGUGACCUCGGUGAAGCCCACGCCCAAGACGACUCUCACACCCAAGGUGCCCGCGAAGCCAUCCACCGAGACGCCUAUCAAGCCUACGGUGACCAGCUUCGUCAUUUGCCCCCCUGGCGCCGAGAACUGCCCAGUGGACAGCACAACCGCAACAACGCCAGCCCCUGAGCUGGAGACGAUUGUCGCCCCAAACCCAACCCCUGAGGAGCCAAUCCCCGAAGAACCUGCUGUCAGCCUCUGCAUGACGUGCGAAAUGCCAUCAUUGUCGACCUCUCUGGGACUCCCCAAUGCCACGCCUUUACCGAUUGACGACUGCGAGGGCGAUGACUGCCCUCCUAGGCCGACGCCCGUGCCAGGUGCUGGAACCAAUAUCUCUGGGGGAAAUACUGGGUUGCUCUUGGGCGCGGCCUUUGUCGGCGUGCUUGUGCUUUUGUAA